UUUUUUGUUUUUUAAUUUUAAGGGAGAAUUAAAAAGCAAUCAAUUUGUAGAUAAGUUUGACCUAACCAUCAUACCUGCAACCCUAACUUUCUGUGUGUCACGGUUCUCUGACUGGUUCCUCCGAUUGCUUACUUUAUGUCAAUCCAUUUGUUAGUUUAUCUUUGUUGCAUUACACUGUGUAAGAGUUUGAUCUCCUUAUGGAAGAAGUGUUUCCUCCGUAUCAUGUUUUUAUUAAUCACAGAGGACCUGAUGUCAAGAAAACCCUUGCUAGUCAUAUCUAUCAUGCUCUCGAAACGCAUGGAUUGAGGGUAUUUCUCGAUAAACAGGAAUUGCAAGUGGGGGAUUUCUUAACCCCUGCAAUUCAAUCUGCCAUUCGUAGUGCCUCCGUUCAGAUCGCCAUUUUCUCCGAAACAUAUGCGCAAUCCCCGUGGUGUUUGGAUGAGCUGGUAUGGAUGCUUGAUUCUGACCCAACUUCUAUUAAGAUCAUCCCCAUAUUCUAUGACAUCGAACCUUCAGAACUUCGUCAUGUGGAGAAGGGAGCAUAUGCCACAGCCUUUGAGGAGCAUAGAAGGAAAGGCAGGGUUACCGAUGAACGAGUGGAAAGCUGGAUAAAAGCCUUCGAAAAAGUUUCUGCUAUUUCUGGCAUCCCAUUCAGGACAGAGAUAGACGACCAUGGAGAGCGAUUGAAAGAAAUCGUAGAGACUGUAUUAGUAAAGGUCGGAAGGGAACAACUGCAUGUAUGUGAGUACCCUGUGGGACUUCGUCAAGCGGCGGAGCAUUUCGAAAAGGUGGUUCUGAGUCGAAGUGAAUCAAAGAGCACCCACGUUGUCGGGAUUUUGGGGCUAGGCGGAUCGGGAAAGUCAACUCUGGCUACUCAUCUCUACAACUCCAUGUGUUCCCAAUUCCAGAGAUGUUGUUUCUUGUCUGAUGUGAGUAAAGAGAAAAUACCAUGUCUGCAGCAAACACUCCUCAGAAAUCUGCUGCGUGAUAAGAAUUUGUGUAUUGAGGCUUCCCGUAGAGGUAAGGCCUUGCUUCAAGAUCGUCUAAGAGGGUUGACACGCGUUUUGAUUGUUUUUGAUGAUAUAGAUAACACAGAGCAAGUAGACAAUCUGUUAUGUGUAAAGGAUGUGCUGGGAAAUGGCAGUGUGAUUUUGGUGACAUCUAGAGACCAAACUUUGUUUGUCAGUUCUAAAAUAGAAAUAUACAAUGUCAAAUUACUAGAUGAGAAACAAGCCCAAGAGCUAUUCUGCUGGUAUGCCUUCGGCAACACCAAACCAGUCGACGAUUUGAAAGAUAUGGUGGAAGAGUUGGUUAGAAUGUGUGGUGGUUUUCCUUUGGCUUUGAAAAUUUUAGCCGGGCAGCUCCACAAUGAACGUAACCCAAGAAAGUGGAAGCAGCAGUUGAAAAGCCUCCGUAAACAACUGCCGGAAGACUUACUAGGAAGGAUAGUAAUGGAUAGCUAUAAAUCUCUCGACAAUACAGAGAAAGAGGCCUUUUUAGACGUUGCCCAUUUCUUAACGGGAGAAUACAGAGAUCUGGUGGAGAGGGUUUUGGAUGGAUUUAAUGAUAAUGGUUUUCAAUGCCUUCAGACGCUCCGUCAGAAAUGCCUUGUGGAAUUUGAGCUUGCAGAUAUAAUUCGUUCAAGAGCGUUACAGGUUGAAAGCGUGGAUUGGAGUGUAGGUAUUUGGAGAAGAGCAAAGGGGAGCUUCAAAAUAAGAAUGCACGAUUUAGUGAGGGACUUGGCAAGACAAAUCGGCAGACAGGAUUUACCUCUUCGCCUCUGUUGUUCAAACGAUAAAAUGAUCUCCACACGGCCACGUUCUUCCCAUCAUUAUGGCUGGCUUGAUGGAUGGAAAGAUCCCAUCAUUAAGUUUUUUGGAAAGGUCUCCACGUCAAAGUACGAUGUACGAGGAAUUCGUAGAGAUGAAUCCCAUGAGUUGCCCGUACUUUUGCAAAAUCAAGAUAUAAACGGGUUAAAGAUUCUAGCGGUUCAAAAUUCCAGUAUCCUGCAGCAAUUUAAUAGUGUGUCGGGAGACUUGAUAUGGCUUCGCUUGAGUUGUUUAAGGAAUAUUCCUUUUACUCUUUUACUGAGAAGUUUAAGAGUGUUGGAACUUCAUGGCGUCAGCCCUCAAGACUUCUGCAACUUGUUUGAUGAUCGUGAGCCUUCUUCGGAACUGCGUGCAUUGGAAGUCGCAUUGUAUGGAGAUUUUGGAAGCGCAAGCACGAGCACAGCUGGACCAUCCACAGCCGUGGUCAAAAAACAUGGUUCAACUUCAGAGUCAUUGCAGCCUCCAAUAGCUAUUCGGAAAUUUGAGGCGUGGUUAGGAAAGCUGAAUUUGAGGAAUUUGGGUAAGAUAGUUUUACAAAAUAUUCGAGGCCUGAAGACACUCCCAAUAAAAUUUGAGGAAGUAACAAAUCUGACACAUGUAGAUCUAUCUGGCUGCAGCGAUUUGGAGGUUUUGCCAAAUUCUUUUACGGAAGAAUUAUUGCAACUCCAAUAUUUAGCAUUGCGAGAUUGCAGGAAUCUUGUUCUCCAAGAUUUGGGAAAAAUCUCCACGCUUGAGUACCUCAACUUUCAGGGUUGCUCCAUGCUAAAGGAAAUGCCCAAAGGAACUGAGGUUCAGAAGUCUUUAAAGCAUUUAAAUGUGGUCCAUACUGAGCUGAGGAAAUUGCCUGACAAUCUUGAACAGCUGGAAGAUCUGGAAGAACUACAUAUAGGGAGCUCGGGAUUGACAGAGAUGCCAUCUUCUCUAUAUAAUUUGAGCAGGUUAACAGAUUUGAGUCUGAUAGGGUGCACUAAUCUACAUCUUAUUGGCAACUCUAUUGAAAAGUUAGUACAUUUGGAAAGUUUCAGAAUAUAUAAUUGUGGAAUGAGAACGUUACCUGUUGCAUGGGUGAAUAUGAAAAUUUUGGAUGUUCAAGAUUGUCCACUUGAUAUGGAGCAGUUGCUGACAAGAGUGGAUCCAGGAAAUAUGUCUCUGGAUAUUUCUGAGGUGCAGGCAAGUAUUGGUCAGAGUGCUCAUCCAAAUCGCCCAGGUUGUUUAACAUAUUUAAUCAUAAGACACAGCCACAUUCUAGAGAUAGACAUUCCUCAGGCCGAAAGUCUUUUUCCAAAACUUGAAAUUCUUGAUCUGUCCGACAAUAGUCUUUUGACAGGGAUUGGAAGGUUACCAGACAAUCUGAUAAGUCUGAAACUGACGAACUGUUCAAAGCUGAGAAGACUGGCAUGCCUCUCUAACCUGGCAAGACUCAAAGUUCUUGACAUAAGCGGAUGUGAUGAACUAGAGACACUUAAUGUGGAAGGUCUGAAAUCAAUACAAGUUAUUAAAGCCAAUAGUUGUUGGAAACUGCGAAACUUUGAGUGUCUGGAUCUAUUGGACCAGUUAUCCUGUUUUCAAAUCUCCGUUGCAGCAUGGCCGAUGCUGUUGUCAAUUUCCAGAUUGCUGAUUUUAAAUUGUCAGGAGACAAAAGAUAUAGAAAAAGCUGGAGGUCGAGUUUUGAAGGUGUUAGAGAAUCGCACGGAGGCUUCAGUUUUAAUAGAGGAUGCCAAGCCGAGCAGUGCAAUUUGGCUAUUCCUUGUAACAUAUCCGAAUUGUGAGAUUGAAGUAUCAUUCCUUGGUCAUACUUACACCACCCACUCAUUUGAUAAUUCUUCAGGACAUAUGCUGAUGUGGAGAAAAGAUUCAGAAGUGUUUAACGACUUUAAAUUCUCCAAUGAUGACGCAAUACAUUUGAACAUCAACGUACGCAAUAAUGAUGAUCGAUGGGCUGAUUUUGAUGAUCUACCAUUCAUGGCAGGAUGGAUAGUAGAAGCCGUAAAUGGGCAUGUUUCUGAAGAGCUGCUUAAAUUAUUUUUGUUUUCAAAAUUUUCUCUAUUUUUAUAAGAAUAAUUUUCAUAACUUUGAGAAUAAUUUUCAUAACUUUGAGAAUAGGUAGACAGAUGUAAAAGCCUUAUUCUUUAUAUAAGGAGAAAUGGUUGAAUCAAUAUUUGCAAGAAUUGCAUAAA